AUGGGAUUUAGCUUGCUGACUUCUCUGCAGCUAAAGGAUAUUCCAGGAGUGAAGCUUCUACCUGAAGGCUUUAUUCAACAGUCUGAAAAACUUGAAGAAUUGAGUCUUGCAGGCUUUCCUAACCUUGAAUAUUUGGCAGACGACCGAGUUGGAUUAGCACACCUUGCAUCACUUCAACGCUUGACGAUAUCCCAUUGUCCUGCGUUUGUUGCUUUGCCUGAUGAAGAUGAUAAGCUUCCACCUGUACUUAAAUAUUUGGAAUUCAAACAUUGUUAUAGCCUGAUGAAGCUCCCGGGUAAGCUUCACAACCUUGAGUGUCUUGCAGAGCUACACGUUGAAUGGUGUUCUAAGAUUGAAGCAUUUCCAGAUGUGGGGUUGCCUGACAAACUGAAGCGUCUGGUAAUCCGCGACUGUGGUGCUCUGCAGAUCCUUUCUCAAGAGCUUCUCUGCAAUAACAAUUCACUCGAGUAUUUAGAAAUUCACAAAUGUCCUUCUCUCCUGUCAGCUCUUGAAGAAGGAAACUUGCCAUCGACUCUUACACAUGUAAAAGUUUACUAUUGCAAGACUCUGAUAUCACUGCCUGAGGGUUUGAUGGGCAAAGACAAUAUGACACUCAGGUACUUGGAGAUAGACAACUGUUCCUCUCUCAUGUCCUUUCCAAAUGGUGAAUUACCAGCAACCCUUGAGCGUUUUGAGAUUAGUGAUUGCUCUAAUUUGCAGGCAUUGCCAUUGAGUCUUCUUAACCUCACAAAUCUUGAGAUCUUGGAAGUAAAGAGCUGCCCCCUUCUCCAGCACUUUCCAAAGGGUGGGUUGCCACCCAAUAUAAAUUUUGUCACAAUUUCCAAAUGUGAGAAUCUCAAGUCUCUACCUGAAUUGUUUCAUAAACUCAAACUUCUUCAGAAGUUGGAGAUUUCAGGCUGUCCUAGUCUCCUGUCCUUCCCAAAGCAGGGUCUUCCCAGCAGCUUAAGAGAACUUAUAGUUACUGAUUGUGAAAAGCUUAAUCCCAUGCAUCAAUGGAGACUUCACAAACUAUCCUCUCUAGAUGUUUUGAUCAUAGGCGGAUUUCCUGGCCUGAAGUCCUUUUCAAAAUAUUAUCCUCUUCCCCAUACUUUAACCUCUUUAAGCAUUCAAAGACUCCCUGAUCUUGAAUCCAUAUCAGAGGCGCUUGAGAAUCUCACCUCACUUGAAAAGUUGAGUAUCGGGGAGUGUGAUAAGCUCCAAUCUUUGCCAGAGAUGGGACUACCAGCAACAAUCUGUACCUUGACAAUUCAGCAUUGUUCGCUUCUAAAGCAUCGUUGUGAGAAGGACAAAGGAGAAGACUGGUCCAAGAUCAAAAACAUCCCCUUCGUGAAUUUGCGCUAA